GUGAUGACAACUGCAGUUCUGAGUGAAGAGCUGAUCUGCUCCAUCUGCCUGAACAUCUAUGUGGAUCCCGUCAUGCUGAGGUGUGGACACAACUACUGCCGGGUGUGCAUUGAACGUGUGCUGGGUACACAGGAGGGGCAUGGAGUUUACAGCUGUCCUGAAUGCAGAGAUGAAUUCCAGGAACGUCCUGACCUUCCCAGGAAUAUAACUCUCUGUAAUAUUAUAGAGAGAUGUAUCUCCUCCCCACCCAAGGAGAGCACGGAGGGGAUUUUCUGCUCCUAUUGUGUGCACUCUUCUGUAGCUGCCGUUAAAUCAUGUCUCCUUUGUGAAGCUUCUCUGUGUGAGGAACAUCUUAGAGUCCACAGCAAGUCCCCUGAACAUGUCCUAUCUGAGCCCAGCAAUUCCCUACAGAGCAGAAAAUGCUCCACCCACAAGAAGAUCCUGGAGUACUACUGCACUCAGGAUGCCUUAUGCAUCUGUGUUACCUGCUGCCUGGCUGGAGAGCAUAAAGGACAUAAAGUGGAGCAACUGAUGGACGCCUCUAACAAGAAGAAAGAGAUGCUAAAAACUAUUCUGACAAAGAUGUUGGCAAAGAGAGCAGAAAUUAAGGACAGGGUCCAGAGUCUACAGGAACGCAGGAGAGCUGUGCAAGAAAGAGCAACAGGAAUGACAGAGACCAUCACUGGUCUGUUCGAAGACCUUAGGAGACAGCUAGAAGACUUAGAGAAGAGGGUCCUGAAUGUAAUCUCCACUCAGGAAGACCAGGUGUCAAUCUCAGUCUCUGAUCUUAUCCAGCAACUGGAAAUAAAGAAGCACGAGUUGUCCGAGAAGAUGCGUCACAUCGAAUCACUGUGUAACACGUCCGAUCCAUUGAUUGUCCUAAAUGACCAGGAAUCAGGCAGUAGGGACUUUUGUGACACAGAGAAGGCAGAUGAUGAGGAGAGAAAAGCAUACAACGAAAAGUUCCAAAAUAUCGGUGGCCUGGAUGAGGGGUUGGUGUCGGUGACAUUGCAGACGGGUUUAGCCAACAUUGUGUCUUGUGUAAAGAUUGCUGUGGAUGAGGAGAAGGCUGAGGGCAUCGAAUUUGAUAUGAACACUGCUUUUGAUCAAGUAAAUGUAUCUGAUGGCUAUACAAUCUCAUGGAGUAAGGGAAGCCUCAAUUGGCCAAAGACACCAGAGACAUUCCAGACGUAUCCCCAGGUGCUGAGCACUAAGACAUUGUCUUCAGGAAAGCAUUACUUUGAAUGGGAAGUAGGAUACCUUAACUUAGGAUGCUGCAGCGUAGGAAUGUGUUACCCCAGUAUAGACAGGAAGGGGGAGAGUUCAUGUAUUGGAUAUAAUGACAAGUCCUGGUGCUUAUGGAUGUUUAAUGGGAAAUGCUCGGUGAUACACAAUAGCAGUAGAGUCCACUUACCUCACAUCCCAAAUUCCAGUAGAUUCCGGAUGUAUCUGGAUUAUGAGGCCGGACAGCUGUCCUUUUAUGAGCUGUGUGACCCCAUCAGACACCUCCACACGUUCAGCACCAUCUUCACCGAGCCCCUCCAUGUUGCUUGUUAUGUAUGCAGACCCUAUAUAUCAAUAAUAUUCAAAUAA